CAAGCCUUAAAAAAGUUUAUGAUAAUAAAUGUUUGAUAUUUUUCAAUACAAUACUAAACUUUUUGAGCUGCCAACCAUCCCAAAGCCAUCCGCGCCUUCAUUGCGAUCAAUGAUUGAUGAAGUAUCAGCGGCUAUCGCUGGGCAAUGAGAAACAAAUAACAAACGCGAUAAUUAUACAUAUCGUAAUGACAAAGGUCGAUCCUGCCACCCGAUCCAAAUGGGAAGAACAGCUGGACUACGACAAGCUGCCACUGUGGAUGGAAUGCGAAGCCACCCUCAAUCGAAGAUACCAGCAGCUAUCAGCGGAAGGAGCAUCACACUCAAGGACGAAGCCCAUACCAACAGGCAGUACGAGUCAUGGGAAGCAACAACAAACGUACAGGACCAAAUCGGCGCUAGUUGCAGCAAAUACGAGGCAGCCCCUUUGUCAGCAAUGCAAAUCUAAGGAUAGACUGCCUGCCCCACUUUCAAGGCGCUUCCGGUGCAGCAAAGGUUCGAGCUCGUGAAAUCGGUGCCCUUAUGCAUAAAUUGCUUGCGUAAGGGCCACACUGUCUCCAAGUGCAGAGCGGAUCGAUGUCGUAUGUGCAAUCGAUCGUAUCACACAUUGUUGCACCAGUAUCCAGUUUCCUUCCCCGCUGCACCACAUCCGCAACCAUCAAUCACACAUGCCAUUCAUACAACAAGCAUGCCGGACCGGGUCAUGUUGGCAACAGCAGUAAUCCAAUUGAGGACCAGUUGCGGCGAGUACCUGCCUGCGAGAACGUUACUGGACUCAGGGUCCGAGGUCAACUUCAUGACGGAGAACUUAGCGCAGAAGUUGCGGAUUCGACGCCAACACAAAACGUUAAGCGUAAUUGGAAUCGGCAAUUCCAAUACGAAAGUGGGGGCAAAAUUAAGCGCGUUUGUUAAGUCCCGGGUAAAUAAUUACGAAUUUUCGGCGGAAUUCUGGAUAAUGCGUAGCAUUUCGGCUAAUCAUCCAGACCAUGACAUCAAUGUUAAUGGCUGGAAAAUACCGCACAAUAUUGAAUUGGCGGAUCCAGAAUUCCACAUAUGAAAUAAAGUUGACAUCCUAUUGGGUGCAGAAACAUUUUUCGAGCUUUUAGCUGUUAGCCCAAUUAAAAAUGGUCCUAAUCAACCAACAUUACAAAUUUUAGGGUGGAUUGUAUCUGGGAAAUACGUCAGCAAUUUAAGUUCUCCUCCCAAAAUACAUAGCACAUUAUGCCAAGCUGAAGAAGACUUAACGUCAAUAGAUUCCGUAGUCCAAAAAUUUUGGGCUUUAGAAGAAUUACCUUAAGAAUCAAAUGGCAAUAGAUUUACACCAGAGCAACAAGAGUGUAAAAAUUUUUUCGUUAAUACAACUCAAGUAUUACCUUCAGGACGGCUUCAAGUCAGAAUGCCCUUUAAAGCUGACCGUAAGUUACUCGGUCACCCAUUUGAAACCGCAGUUCGGCGGUUUCAGGCCCUGGAGAGAAAAACAUUAAAAUAUCCAGAACUUCGUAGAAUGUAUCUGGGCUUUAUGAAUGAAUAUAGAGCACUGGGACACAUGAGCUCAACGAACAAUAAGAUACCUAGUGAGCCACACUACUUCAUUCCGCAUCAAUGCGUUUUAAGGCCCGAAUGCACUACAACCAAAUUACGUGUUGUCUUUGACGCUUCGAGCCGAUCUUCAUCUCAAGUAGCAUUGAAUGAACUUUUGAUGGUAGGUCCAACCAUCCAAGAAGUGUUAUACUCAACUUUUCUACGCUUUCGCUUACAUAAGUAUGCACUAACAGCGGACAUUACUAAAAUGUACCGACAAAUUAUUAUGCAUGAAGAAGACAGGAAUUGUCAACUCAUAGUGUGGAGAGAGCAUCCUUCAGAGCAAAUACAAAUUUUUCGAGUUUACACCGUAACUUACGGCACAGCGCCUGCUCCAUUUCUCGCAACACGGUGUUUGCAAAUGCUCAGUGAUGCCAAUACAAUUAAAUAUCCACUCGGUUAAUUGACCAUUAAAAGAGACUUUUAUGUUGAUGAUUUAUUAACAGGAUCCGAAAAUUUUGAGUCUCUAGUCUUUUAAGUGAGGUAAUUAAAAUAUUACACUCGGCCGGAUUCAACCUAAAUUUUUCGACAGUGAUUACACUGAAAAGUCAUUAAACUUCAAUGACAACAGUUCCAUUAAAACGUUAGGAAUCCAUUUGUUGCCGAAAGAGGAUUUGUUUCGAUUUGUCUUAGAUGACAAUUUUAAUGAUCUUCGAGCCACUAAACGAAACAUAUUAUCAGUUUCUGCUCGCCUUUUUGAUCCUCUUGGAUUACUAGCCCCUCUAGUUACCAAAGCAAAAAUCUUAUUGCAAGAGCUUUGGAUUCAAAAACUAGAUUGGGAUGAGUCGAUUCCAUUGCGCUUUGACACUAACUGGCAGAACUUCAAAGCCAACCUACUGCAGCUCUCAUCAAAGGCCACAAACUGGCCUUACUUCCGAAGGAGAUUGAAGGAAAGUAUUCCUAUCAAGGUUGCCGGUGUUGCGUCAAGCGACAUACAUUUACAUCUUUUUAAACCUAAUACUAUGUUUACAUAUAACGAGAUUAUCUCCAUUUACGAGCUUAACUCGAUAAUCUGUAAUUAUGAAACGAGAUUUCGCAUACAAAAUUUCUCUCUUGAUAAUCCGAGAUUUUAAAAUUAUUUCGUUUUAUACAACUAGAUUUUCGGUGUUAUUCCUAUUUUUAUCGAUAAUUUUUGAGAAAAAGAAGAGAAAUGUUAACCAAAAUGGCCGACAGUGUGGAAAAGAGGAUCUCCUCUAUCCAAUCAUACACAUUUUAUCCGCGAAAUCGUGGGAUGCUAUUCUAAAGUUUUCCCAAAUACACAAUUUAACAAAUAAAUACAGAGAUGAGAAGAAAAUUGUUGGUCCCUCUGGUGGCAGCCCUUCGACUUGGGAAUAUUAUACGAAAAUUUAUAGCAUUCUCGGCAGCUAUAAAAGUUGCAAUUUAGAAACAUUUGUGGAAGAGAGCGCAGUUUACGAAGUUGUGGAGUGUGCGCUCUCCCCAAAUAACUCUUCUAUAGAUUCGCAAGAAGAAUUUCCGCCUUCAGUCGAGUAACCUGUAAAGAAAAAGAAAAAGACAAAUGCAUCAGUUAACAUUCAAUAUGAGUUUUUUGAUGUAUUCCAGACUUCGAAUACCAAAAUACAGGCUGAAAUUGAAGCAAUUAAGGAGGAUGGCAGGGAGGCCAUACAAAUUGAAAGAGAAAGAAAUUCCAUCCUGGAAAAAUUUCUGGAAGUUUUUAAAAAACGCAUAUAACUUCGUAGCUGUGUCAAUUUUUUUCUUUCUAGUCCAGGAGAAGUUCAACAUCUUUCUGUUUAAUGUAAUGUUUUAAAUGCUUAAUUGUUCUGCUCAUGUAUUAUUUAGUUUGUGAAUUGAAUUACUUUUGUUUUGUUAAUGUUAAUUUGUUAAUUAACUUUUUGUCUUUUGUUUCGUUAUAGUGUAUCAAUAUGUGAUAUAAAAAUGAACUGAUUGAAUAUGAAAUAUUGAAUAUAUAUAUAGUAAUAUUGAAUAUGAACUGAAAAUAAAUACAACUUACGUAGAAAGUUACGUCAAUAGCUCAUUGAUUUUCUGAUGUUUUCAGCAUUAGGGUCGUCGGCUCCAGAAAUGAAUAAUGGAUCUGGUUGCUCUCGUGGACGUGCGAUUUCGAAAUUAUUUUGCACUUCCAACCAUUUCGUGUUUAUGUUGUCAUUCAUUUCAUUUACAAAAUUGUGCAAGACGCAAGAACAUUUUAUUAUUGAUAUUGCAUUUUUAAUAUCGUUGUCAAUUCCUUUCCCUAUCCUUCUAAAUCCUGCUUUUAGGUGACCAAAUGCGUUUUCCACAACCCUUCGAGAUUUAGAUAAGUGGUAAUUAAAAAUAUUCUCGUAAUCCUCGUAAUCCGGAGAAAAGCGAAAUGCUGAGUCCCCAAGAACUACAAUUGGGACAUUAGUUUCACCAAUUUUUUUCGCAUUCUCUUUAAGCAGAGGGUUUUGCAAAAUUCUUUUCAAGUUGGAUUUUUCAAAUAUUUGAGAAUCAUUACAACGACCAGGUGCUCCAACGUUAAUGUACAUAAAUCUAUAUCUGAAAAGAGUUUAAGUAUUAUCUAAAAUAUGUAUGUUGUUAACUUACCUGUUGUCUACGAGGGCUAGUAAAACCAUUGAGUACCAUCCAUUGUAGUUGAAAUAGUCAACAGCAUCAGAUGCGGAGGGCCUAAUCUCAAUAUGGCAUCCAUCUGAAAUAAAUUGUAUUUGCAUGUUAUGGGUAAAAUAUUUGAAAUUCACAAGCUUACCUACUGCACCCAGACAUUGUGGAAAUCCAAUCUUUGUAAACCCUUCAACGCACUCCGUAAUUUUUUCUUGCGUGAGAAAUGAGCUGGUUAAAUAUUUAAAAAAUCUUUAAAAAUACAACAUACAGACGCUUUGGAAACCCCGAAUAGUCUCCCAAUUGUUCUAUAUUCAGCAGAAGAACCAAGGGUGUACAAAGCGAUAGCUAUUUUUUUCUUAUGGAAUACAUUCCCUGUAUGUAGUAUUACGUUUGCCAAUGUGUGAUAGCUCAUUACAUAAAAUUGAGAAUGAUUCCCGACUCAUCCUGAAGCUCUCCUUGAAGAAUUUGUCACUAUUGUAAGCAACGUCGAGCUCCCAAAAAUUACCGUACCUUUCCUACAAAACAACGACAAGCGGAUAACUUGUGGGAAUUUUAUAAAAAGUCAUGCAAUUACUUACGUGUUUCCACAAACGUUUUGGUCUAAUGUUAUUCAUUACAAAAAGUAAUAACGCAUUUCGCUUGUGUAUUUCUGUUAAUAUUUUAAUCAAUCUGAGUUGUCAUCUUUUCCGUACUUCUGCCAACUUCUUACUACUGGCAGCAAUCUGCGCAAUAAAAUACAUAAUUGCGUUCCUUUGUUUCUCUUCCAUAUCUUUAAUAUUUCUUAUUUUAUCCUUUUUUGAGGGUUUCAACGUAAUUAUAAACAUUUAUUCGUUCCGGAGUAAAAAUUUUGGUUCAUAACAAUUUAUUUUCAUCAAGAAGAAAACAAAUACAACAAAUUUGACAUUUGAUAAUCUCCUUUGGCCUAUGUAAACGGUUAGAUUAUUAAACGAGCUUAUAACGAGAUAAUUUUCAUAUGUAAACAUACUAUAAAACUAAAUAAAUAAUAAAUAAGAAAAUGAAUUGUAAAAUAAAUAUUAAAAAUUGAAUUAUUAAACAUAUAAAAUA